GGACAAUGCCCUAAGGGUGCCGCAUGCCGUUAUGCUCACGAUCCCACCAAAGUCGCUCUGUGCCUUUCGCUGUUGCAGGGCGUCCGAUGCCCCCUUCCCAGCGCCUGCCCGUUUAGCCAUGCUGCGACCUCAAAGAACAUUCCCACGUGCAAUCCCUUUCUGAAUGGGACAUGCGCCCGUCCUGAUAGUUGCUUAUACUGGCAUCUCGACGGCGUGAGAGCUAACGCAGAACUGUGCUUCGACUUCGCUUUUGGAGGGUACUGCGAGAAAGGGGCAACGUGUGGGUACCGCCACGUGCGCCAGUGCUAUUUCUAUGCCGUGUCUGGAAACUGCAUCAACCUGUGGUGUCAGUUGGCGCAUGCUGCAAAUCCGACUUGGAAGACGCAGAGGCAG